AUGAAGCCUCAAAUGAAGGUCCAAACAGCAAUGGCUACUUAUGACAGAGCUAGUCAUAGUAGUCAAAGAUUCAGUGUACAUCGGAAGAAGAGCUUAGAUCUAUCUACACAACAACUAAAUCAGCAUCUUCAUCAACAAAGCACGGAAAAUGCCUGCAAAUCCAGCUAUUCCAACCAUACAAUCUCGCCAUUCACACCACCACCUUCUCCUUCUCCCAAGAGCAAAUUGCGCUAUUCACAAAGAAAUUACACUGAAAAUCGCUCAACAAUCCAUAUUUUGUCAGACGAGUUGAUCGACAUGUACGAACAGGCGGUCCAGCAAUGUACUGCUGCUGAAAAUCGGUACAAAAGGCUUGAUUUGACCAUGAAAUCCACAUUGAAGCUACAAACCAAGACAUAUGAACAUUGCAUUGAGGAGCUGAACGGAAGAAUCCAGGAAUUAAAAGGUCGUUCUCUGCAACGUCUAUCAACAAACAGCGAUAUCUUGAACAAACUUAUAGAGGGCUAUGCAUCCGACUUUGUGGAAGAUGGCGAUGAUGUCCAGGAGUUCAGCCGCGACAGUCAAAUAGAGGCAUUAGAGCAGCAGAUCCUGCUCAAUGAACAAUCAGCACAACAGACUAUCGCUCAUUUUCUAGGCGAACUUGAAAAAGAACGCCUAAAGACCAAACACAAGGAUUUGAUUAUUGCAAAACAAGAUGAUUUGAUAUCGACAUUGGAAACCAAGUUGCAGAAACUUGCAAAUCUGCAAUACGCCACGGAUACUUCCCUACAAACGUUUGCUCCAUCCAAGAAUGAAAAGUUAUUGGAAGCUCAACUCGAGCUUCAAGCAGCAGAGUUGGAGGAUAAGAAGAAGCUUCUAGCUAUGCUGAUUCAUGAGCGCGAUGAGCUCGCUCUUAGAGUCGAACAGUUACCACAGCUGAAGCCAGAGGAAUUUCAGUAUACACAAUCAAGGGACACAGCCAGCACAGACUGCGUCAAAAAGCGCUCCUCCAUUGACCUUUUAGCCAAGAUAGUGCAAUCAGAGGCCUCGAGCUCUGCGUCUACAUUGCCAUCUGAUGCGUACGAUCAAAGGACAUCUCCAUCACCACAUGCAUUCAAGAAAUCGCAUGUUAUCAACGAUCAUUCGUCCCCGCCAUCUAGUCCACCACCCAAAAGCCCUCUUCCUCCAACUCCUCGUACAUUAGCAAAACCAUCACCACGUUCCAUGUUCACCAGAAAGUCCAAACCUUGUCGAACAAACGUGGGUCAGCACCAAUCAGGCGCGAAAUCAUGGUCUUGUAUCGAUUUUGAAAAAGCAACAAAUACCAAAUCAAAUUGCUACUACAUCCCACCUGCUUCAAGCGUCGAAAGACCCAUCUACCAACCCACUCAGCGACCUCAUGAGUGGCGCAAGCGUUUGGUUCAAGAGCUCGUGUCCAAACCUCAUGAAAGAAAAGCGGGAGAUCCCUUAAUAGACGACAACCAUCAUGCAAAUGGCUUUUCCUCAUUACUCCAGAGCUGGAAAAGACAUGUCAACUAG